GGUUUUGCUGCAACGUACUUAAACAUGAACUUGAAACCGCUGUGACAUUUCUAAAGAAGAAACAGUAACGUGAAGGCAGACAAUCAGCUCUCAAGCACCGGAGGAGGAUCUUCUCUUUCUACCUUCCUCUACACUUCAUGGAAACUUUGAGAAACUGGAGUUCGCUAUGUGGAUAUUUUGUGUUUAUCUUCCUCACAACCGUAAGCAAAGACGCCUGUUUCUCUGAAGGGUCUGCAUGUGAAGCUCCUACAAGUCCGGAGUGCUUCAAGAAAAAUGCAAUCGAAACGGUUUACAAUUGUGAAUGGAGCAUGAACCGAACUGAUGGCAUUGUGACGUUUGACCUUUACUUUAAUAAAACCAAGGAAGAGGUCUUUAACAAGACCUGUUAUACGAUCCCUGAGGAAAAGCUGAUCCAACGUCGAGAGGUUUUCAUUUGGGUGGAAGCUCAUGUAGGAAACUCCAGCUGCUCAUCGCCCAGGAGGUCUGUGGUGCUCAGAGACAUAGUAAAGUAUGACGCACCAAAAAAUAUUUCCAUGUCCUGGUCAAAUAGCAGCCUCAGCUUAAUGUGGGAGGCUCCAGAGAAGCAUCCAGCUUUGACCGAGGUCUGGUUGAGAGGAGAUGGACACCCCGCAGAAUUGCGGAAAGAAACAUUUACCAGAAUCAACACAGACCAGGUGACCGUGGCAAAUCUCUCACAGCAUUCAACUCACUGGGUUCAGAUCAGACAACGGUCCACUCAGGUCAAAAGCCCGCUAUGGAGCAACUGGUCUCCAUGGGUGAAAGUUCCUGCAGAGCUUGCACAAGCGCCUGAAGUCAACGUGACAACCAAACGUUUGAAUGGCACGAGAGAGGUGACGCUGACUUGGAAGCUGAGGUCCCACGCAGCAGCAGCAGCAGCAGGAGUGACCUACCAACUGAGCGACACACAGUCUUCUCUGGGAUGUCCUUGUGCGAGGACAGAGAAGAGGAGACAACACCUCAAAACAAAUAACUUCACCAUUUACGUGUCAUACUUUCCCGUCGACAUCCAUGUCACAGCCAGAAACGCAGCAGGGUCUUCUCCUUGUGCAACUGUUCAUGUGCCAGCCGAACCUACUGCGGAUUUAAAAAUUUGUGACAAAACGGUGGAUAAUAAAUUGAAUAAGAAAACUUGCAAGCAAUGGUACGAGUUUCAAGAUGGAGGUUUGAAGCCAGAAGAUGUGAAAACUUUACAAAGAAAGAAAACAUCAGGAAGGGAGAAAGAAGCAAAGAGCGCAGCAGGGUUAGAGGAUUACGUUGGCUACCUUUACUUUGAACACAUCUGUGACGCUGGGAAGCCGCGGACAGUUAAGACCUGCCUCUACUACCAGAAAGAGGGAGCACCGCUCAGAGAACCUCAGGACAUCACUGUUUUUGGUCAAACGCACAAUUCUGCGAACCUCUCCUGGAAAGCGAUUCCCUCUAAGGACCAGCGAGGUUUCCUCACCCACUACAGCCUGUGCAGUGUGAAAAUGGGUUCGCGGGACGAGGCAAGAGAGUGCCACAACAUAUCAGCCUCAUUGAGAAAAUUCAGUCUGGAAAAAUUGACACCGGGAACAAAAUACAAUAUCAGCCUGGCCGUAGUGACCCGAGCGGGAGCAGGACCCGCAGCGACAGUCACCAUUAACACGCUGCAGGAGAAACAUGUGAAUGUGUGGUUGAGCUUGGGCCUGCUGAUCGGGUUCUUCUUCAUCUCGACAAUGUGCACCGUCAUCUUGAAGAGAAUCCAAAACAAGAUCUUUCCUCCUGUGCCGACGCCUGUUAUUCCAGAUUUCUCACCCAAUCACUGUGGCCAGGAGAUGCUGGAGGGGAAAGAGGAGGUGCAUGACCUGAUACUGCUGCAGCUGCACCCAGCGCGCAAGACUGUCCCUAAAGAAGCAGAGGAAACCACCGCCCUCCAAGGAGAGUGGGACGCUGGGAGCGACGAGGACGUGGAGAAUGAGAGGGAGGGGGAUUCGAGGAUGUCAGAGGGGAGCGGUGAUGAGAGUCCGGGAUCAACAGAUCGGCAGCAGAAGAGGUCCAGAGUCAAAGAACUAACAGAUCUGGAGCAGGUGGAAAGCGAGAUCGCCCUGCUGAUAUACAGGAAUGGGUUGGUCUUCGAUCUAAAGACAGAUUCACCUUAAAGACUAAAUCUUGGACAUAUUUGUUCACCUAUACUGGAUUAAUGAAGUCUGUUUUGAAAGUUGUAUCUUUUCAAACAAGAAUAUUUAAAGUACUUGAUCUUUCCUGUAGCAGGUAUCGGUUUUCCUGUUUCACGUUUGUGUAUUUUUGAGUAGUAUUUUGCAGCAGAGUUGACCACACACAGACUUUGUCACUGCAGGUUGUCAAUAAACAAUUUCUGUGUUAGGGUCUUGUUCAGACCUCCGCUCUUUUGUUUUGUAGAAUUAAAUAACUAAUUAAAACCAAACUUACUUGAAAAUACACAUUUGAGCGUAAAUCGGCUACAAUGACAGAAACCCUAUGUGUUUGUUCUGUUUUCAUCUCUGCCUUCUAAGGUGACAAUGAGUGGUGUGAAAGGGGCAUCCAAAUAAAAGGUUUUAUUAUUAUUA